UUCAGGAGACUCUCAGCUCUCAGGUGUCACCACGGAAAACAGUUUCCCAUCUAAAAGCAACAGGGUUUUGGAGAGGUGUUUGCUUCAUGGCUCUGCUCACCAACUUCACUGUCCUGCUGGUGCUGGCCUGUAUCUCCCAGCAGCUGGUGAUGAGCAGCUCUCAGAAGGGCACCGGGCGGAAGGGAAGAGCGGACAGAAAAGACAGAGACAGCAGAGGUCGGCAACCUCACCCAGUCAUGCCGCUGCCAGUUAAGGGGAAACUGGUCGCCAAAGACAAGUCGCAGUGCACUUGGGUUGCAACAGGUGAGGACCUUUUCACCCUUGGAGUGAACUGCAGGAAAGGAGACAAGAGCUUCAGCUGUGAAUACACCGCCAAACCAAAUGCUUGUCCCCUGUAUGCUUCUAGCGCCGAACUGUACUGGAAGCAAAUUGCAAGAGCGCUAAGGAAGCAGAGGAAGUUGUGCCAGGACAGCGAUGCUCUGAUCAGGGCAGGGAUGUGCAGGAAAUCUCCCAGAGAUGCUCACUUCAGACUCAGCAGCGCCCCGCCUUCCCCGCUCGGCCUUGCUGCUGUCAAAUCAUGCAAACCUGUGAACCAGAAGUUGGCGGAGGAAUAUUGCAGUAACUCCUGGACGAGUGUUUGCACGUUCUUCUUUUCUAUUGUUCAAAAUGGCGAUUGCUGAGGAGAAAAUAUUCAAGAAACUACAGUAAAUUCAGCUCUGCACAGUCACAUCACUGCUUGGCUCAUUAGAGACUCUGCCAACAGUUCAUCUGCUCAACCUCUGAUAUUGCUUUAUGUAUUUUCCCUUAGGACAUACUUGAUAUAGUUAAUGACAUACUUCUAAGCCAAUACUAUGAGACUGGAGAUAAGCUUAUAAUACUGCAUAGUCUAAAGUAGUAGUCUUUGUUCACUUGCAAAUACAUAUAAACACACCAUGUAAGUACAGGGGCCCUUUACCCUGUUAUUAUUCCUGGAAUGCAUUUAUUCUUGUGUUUUUAUCUGAAGACAUUUGGUUCCCAUCAUCUUCAUUGAAACAACAUGAUGUUCUUGGUCUAAGAACGCCUUGUCCUUUCCAAGAGAAUAAUUCUGCAUUUGGGUAUGUCCCUUUUUUUUUUUUUUUUCCCUGAGUCUCUGCUCUCUCAGAAUGUAUAUGCCCAGUCCUGGAGGCAGAUUAGGAGUCUGAGCAUGUUGGGUAAUGACAUAGUAAUUUAACCAGAGGGAAUGUUUUUUAAGGAGACUUACCCUGCAUUCUUUGGCAUCAACAAGUUCAAGGUUUCUUGCUCUCUGGGUGAAAACAUUUAAAAGGUAAUUUACACGACCUGCAAAGUUGCAUCAGGGUGCAUGAAAAAGGCUUGUUAAAUAAAAAUAAAUAAAUAAAAUGGUUGGAAAGAUGAA